CCAAGUCCUGAGCCUCCAAAUUUGGAAACAAUGAAGGGAGACAGCAGACAUCUGAAUGAAGAAGAGGGUGCCAGCGGUGGUGAGGAAUGUGUCAUCGUCAAUGGGAACUGUAGUGACCAGUCCUCAGAUACUAAGGAUGCUCCUUCACCCCCUGUCUUGGAGGCAAUCUGCACAGAGUCAGCCAGCACCCCAGAGAGCAGAGGCCGCAGAUCAAGCUCACGGCUGUCAAAAAGGGAGGUUUCCAACCUGCUGAGUUACACUCAGGACUUGGCCGGAGAUGGGGAGGCAGAAGAUGGGGAUGGCUCAGACAUUCUACUAAUGCCAAAACUCACACGUGAGACCAAGGAGACCAGGUCACCCUCUGAAAGUCCAGCUGUGCGAACCCGAAAUAACAACAGUACCUCCAGCCUGGAGAGGCAAAGAGCCUCCCCCAGAAUCACGCGAGGCCGCCAGGGCCGCCACCGUGUGCAGGAGUACCCCGUGGAGUUCCCAGCUACCAGGUCUCGGAGAAGACGAGCCUCAUCUUCAGCAAGCACACCGUGGUCAUCCCCUGCGAGUUACCGCAGUAUUGACCUCACAGAAGAAGAAGGGACGCCUCAGAGGAGCAGUACCCCAUCCACUGACUGGAGCCAGGAGAGCAUGGAUACCACACAGCUAGAUGGAGAGAGCAAAGAUGGAGACAGCCCCGAGUACCAGGAUGAUAAAGAGUUUGGAAUCGGUGAUCUUGUGUGGGGAAAAAUCAAGGGCUUCUCCUGGUGGCCUGCCAUGGUGGUGUCCUGGAAAGCCACCUCCAAGCGCCAGGCCAUGCCUGGCAUGCGAUGGGUACAGUGGUUUGGUGACGGCAAGUUUUCUGAGGUCUCUGCUGACAAGCUCAUGGCCCUUGGGCUGUUCAGCCAGCACUUUAACCUGCCUACCUUCAAUAAGCUGGUUUCCUAUAGGAAGGCCAUGUACCACACUCUGGAGAAAGCCAGGGUGCGAGCUGGCAAGACCUUCCCCAGCAGCCCUGGAGACUCCCUGGAGGACAAGCUGAAGCCCAUGCUGGAGUGGGCCCACGGGGGCUUCAAGCCCACUGGCAUCGAGGGCCUCAAGCCGAAUAACAAGCAACCAGAGAACAAAGGUCGAAGACGCACAACCAAUGACUCUGCUGCUUCUGAGUCCUAUCCCCCACCCAAGCGCCUCAAGACAAACAGCUAUGGUGGGAAAGACCGAGGGGAGGAUGAUGAGAGCCGAGAACGAAUGGCUUCUGAUGUCACCAACAACAAGGUCAAUCUGGAAGAUCGCUGCUUGUCCUGUGGUAGGAAAAACCCUGUAUCCUUCCACCCCCUCUUUGAGGGUGGCCUCUGUCAGAGUUGCAGGGAUCGUUUUCUGGAGCUCUUCUACAUGUAUGAUGAGGACGGCUAUCAGUCCUAUUGCACCGUGUGCUGCGAGGGCCGAGAGCUGCUUCUGUGCAGCAACACGAGCUGCUGCAGGUGCUUCUGUGUGGAGUGUCUGGAGGUGCUGGUGGGUACAGGGACAGCUGAGGAUGCCAAGCUGCAGGAACCCUGGAGCUGCUACAUGUGCCUUCCACAGCGCUGCCAUGGGGUCCUCAGGCGCAGGAAGGAUUGGAACGUGCGCCUGCAAGACUUCUUCACUACUGAUCCUGACCUCGAAGAAUUCGAGCCACCCAAGUUGUACCCAGCAAUUCCUGCAGCCAGGAGGAGGCCCAUUAGAGUCCUGUCCCUGUUUGAUGGAAUUGCAACAGGGUACCUGGUGCUCAAGGAGCUGGGUAUCAAAGUGGAGAAGUACGUUGCCUCUGAAGUGUGUACAGAGUCCAUCGCUGUGGGAACUGUUAAGCAUGAAGGCCAAAUCAAAUACGUGAAUGACGUCAGGAAAAUCACGAAGAAAAAUAUUGAUGAGUGGGGCCCUUUUGACUUGGUGAUUGGCGGAAGUCCAUGCAAUGACCUCUCCAAUGUCAAUCCAGCCAGGAAAGGCCUGUAUGAGGGCACCGGCAGACUCUUCUUUGAGUUCUACCAUUUGCUGAAUUAUACCCGCCCCAAGGAGGGCGACAAUCGUCCGUUCUUCUGGAUGUUUGAGAAUGUGGUGGCCAUGAAGGUUAACGACAAGAAAGACAUCUCCCGAUUCUUGGCGUGUAACCCAGUGAUGAUUGACGCCAUCAAGGUUUCUGCUGCUCACAGGGCCCGGUAUUUCUGGGGCAACCUGCCUGGGAUGAAUAGGCCUGUGAUAGCUUCAAAGAAUGAUAAGCUCGAGCUGCAGGACUGCUUGGAGUUCAGUAGGACAGCAAAGUUAAAGAAAGUACAGACAAUAACCACCAAGUCGAACUCCAUCAGACAGGGGAAAAACCAGCUUUUACCCGUAGUCAUGAAUGGCAAGGACGAUAUUUUAUGGUGUACUGAGCUCGAAAGGAUCUUCGGCUUUCCUGCACACUACACGGAUGUGUCCAACAUGGGCCGUGGUGCCCGCCAGAAGCUGCUGGGAAGGUCCUGGAGUGUGCCAGUCAUCAGACACCUCUUUGCCCCCUUGAAGGACUACUUUGCAUGUGAAUAGUUCUACCCAGGACUGGGGUACUUUUGGUCUGAGCCAGGUCCCCAGAGCCACCCCUCCCUGAAGGCAUCUCACCUCACCCCUUUCUUAGCUCACCUGUUUGGGGCCUCACCUCACUGUGUACCUCAGCUUUCUCCUGCUCAGUGGGAGCAGAGCCUCCUGGCCCUUGCAGGGGAGCCAAGGUGCUCCCAUCAUGUGCACAACUCAGAACUGGCUGCUUAGAGUAGCCCAAUAAUGGUGCUCAUGUUUUCUUAUCCUGAAACUUUAAAACUUGAAGUAGAUAGUAAGAUGGCUUUUUUCCCCGCCUGGGUUAAUCAGUCAGAAGUGAUGGCUAACAUACCAAAACGAGGGCUCUCCCAGUACUCAGGGUAAUGCUGCAAAAUCACUUGAUUUUGUUUUUAAGUAACCUGUCUCCAUAUUUGCUAGAGGAUGCUAGCAAAUGUGGGCUCAGAUCAACAAGGUCAAGGGGCCAGAAUUUUUUUUUUUUAACUUUUCCCUAGGGAUAGUAGAAGAUGAAAAGGUGAAGUUUAUGACGUAAUUCUUACUGGCACCUUUCCCUUGUGUGGUACAAGGGCUGGAGUCCUGUUGGUCUUGUAGCAUUUCCCACGAUGAUGAUGUCAGCAGGGAUGAUGUCAUCAUCACAUUCAGGGAUAUUUCCCCCAAGAUUUCCCUGGGCAAGGGCCCAUGUAGCUAAUCCUCAAGAAGACUGGAAUAGAUAGAAUGUUUUGAGCUCAGGAAGGGGGAGGUUGGCCCCUUUUCCAUGUGUGAGGGACAUGAAGGAGGGAGUUUAGCUAAUCUAUUUGCCACACCCUCUUUCCAAAUGAUGGAACCCCUCCCCCCUUCUCCAUCAGCUCAGGUCCCCAGAAAAGUAUGGUCCUCUAAUGCUUUAUGAGAAGCUAGGGCUGGAAG